UAUAUUUAAUGCUUAGAAAUGGAGGCGUUGUGCUUGUUGGACAACUGGAAUAAGGAUUCUCAUGUCCCUGAGCGAGUAAGUGAAAAUACGCUGGUAAUGGAUAGUUUGAACCAAAAUCUUACCAGUGGACAUCAGUCUCAUCAAGUGCUCCAGAGCACUCCACUGGAUUUGAUUGAGACUGGGAAAGCCCUGAAGGUUCAAGCAGAGUGCCCGCAUUUGGUCAGUCUAGGAAGUGGCCGUCUCAGUACAGCCAUCACCCUCUUACCCCUGCCUGAAGGCAAGACCACUCUGGGUCACGGAGCCAUGGACAUCAACAUCCAGGGCCCAGGGAUCGCAGCUCAGCACUGCUUCAUUGAAAACAAGGCAGGACUCAUCACGCUGCACCCCUGUGGAAACCAGUGUAGCAUGGACGGACUACCGGUCACCAAACCUGUGCGCCUGUCUCAAGGCUGUAUGCUGUGUUUCGGCCAAUCUGCCUUUUUCCGUUUCAACCACCCCGAGGAGGCUUUCCGAAUGAAAAGCAUGAUGUCUGAGGGAGGACAGACAGCCAGUGUGAAAAACUGGGCCCACACAGAUUCUGAGAACCUGAUCAAUGGGAACCACUCGUCAGGAGUGCCAAAAUCUCACUUGGUCUCCAACAAGAGAGUGCGCCCUGAGCACAGUGCCAUCGUCAGUUCCAUUGAGAAGGACCUUCAGGACAUUAUGGACUCAUUAGUCAUGGAUGACCCUCAGCCCUCUUCCUCUGAGUCAAAGAAGCCCUCUGGUCUGCCCAUCUCCCAGUCUCCCUUGUCCCCCAUGUUAAAUGGAGGGGGGCGCUUCCUUCUCUCACCCCCAACGAGCCCUGGUGCUAUGUCUGUGGGCUCCAGUUAUGAGAAUACCUCUCCUCCUUUCUCUCCUCUCUCAUCCCCAUCCAGCUACACCAGUCCAUCUCCAAGUGGUUGUCAGAACCAGCUUUACACGCUUCCUCCUGUGCCAGUGAGGUCUUCUAGUUACAAUUACACCAGCCAGCCACCCAUACCUCAGCCACGAACCAUACUGCCCAGCUAUUCCGGUGGCAACAGAGGGCCAAAGGUGCCUGAGAGUCCCAAACUCCAGCGAAAAGCUCUUUUAGAAGCACCGCCAAGCCCAAAGCCAAGUCGUUGGGGGUUGAACCAAGACAGCUCGGUGGCUAAAACCCCAGACAGCCCCAUACAGACUCACAUUCUGCCCUCAGUCUCAAUCUCUACUGCUCCGACUGAUCAUUCAUCUGUCAGUCGGGUUCCAGUUCCAGGUAGUCCCAGACUGACCCCCAAAUUCUCAACCGCAUCCCCAUCCUCCUCGCCCUCUAGUUCUAGAACCAAAACUGCCAUUGUUCUCCAGGAUCGGCCCUCAAGCCCUUUGCGGGAGCAGCCUCAGCCAGAUUGCUCCUUGACCUCUAUCCCCUCUAAUCAACUCUCCCCACCCUCGCGAUCUUUCCAGCCCCCCUUGGACCCCAUUGUCCACAUCAUUCAGGGUGGACCUCCACACCCACAUCCUCGCACAUUGCAGCCUCCAGAAAGUCCGCGGCUGGCCCGCAGGAAUCUUGAAGGGAGUAGCAUGAGGGAGCUUCCUCCUCUUAGCCCCUCUAUAGCUCGCAGGGGGGUUCCUGUGCUCCCCGGAGCUCUACCGGGAACCCUGCGGACUCCAGAGAGUCCAUCCCCACGAAUGGUGCCAGAGAGUCCCAGACUCAGGCGGAAAGCAGGGUCUCCUACAGAGGAGCCAUUCAGCCCUCGUGGGGUGCGUGCUCGUAGUCCUUCACCCACCUCCGGACUGAUGGGGGAAGGCAGUGGACGGAAGGGCAGUUUUGGGAACUCGCUCUCUUCUGCAUUCAGCCUGGGCUCUCUGCCUGGGUCAUCGCCCCGAUCCAGUCCUAGGAGCCACAGAAAGAUGUCAGCGGGCCACAGGGACCUUCGGAUGCCUCACCCUGGCAUGAGGGAGCGCAAGAAUAGCAUCACAGAGAUCAGCGACAACGAGGAUGACCUUCUGGAGUACCACCGGCGCCAAAGAGAAGAACGACUCAGGGAGCAAGAAAUGGAGAGGCUGGAACGGCAGCGUCUGGAAACAAUCUUGAACCUCUGUGCCGAGUACAACAAGGGCGACGGGCCGGCGGGAGAUCUGGGUAGGAUGGGCGUCUCUGGGCUUGGCUCGAGGGACGGGCUUAACGUCAGACGUCCUUCCUUGGACAGUGUGAACAGCGCUUCCCUAAGGGUGGCGCAGAGACAUCGUGAAAGCCAAGAGGAGAACCUGAAGGGGGACAGGAGUAGCACUGAGAGUGCGCAGCAGGACGGACGGACCCCAACAGCUCUGUUAAAUGGACAAAAUGGACAGGCAGAGGACUGUCUGGGAUCGGGCAGCAUUGGCCGUCUGGAACUGGGAUACCUGGAGGAGGAGCGGGUUCGAGUGCUGGCAAAGGUAGAUGAGCUCAAAGCUCGAAUCACAGAACUGGAGCAGCAACUUCAGGAGUCCAAACAGGAGGCGGAGAUGGAAAGAGCUCUGCUGCAGGGAGAGAGACAGGCCGAGCUGGAGCAAAUCGAGGCCGACACAGAGAUUAUCAACCAGCUGCAGCGCAAACUCAGCGAACUGGAGAGCACCAUCCAGAGAGAGAAAGACAAGGCGUGCCAUUCUGUCGGAUGGCCACUCAAGGCCCAUUCUGGUCUCGAUUGCCAUCCCCAGGAGAGGGCUAAUGUUGACGCGGAGCGGGAAGCCCUGGAGAGGCUUCAGGAUGGGUACAAUGAGUUGACGAGCCAGCUCCAUAACUGCCCUGAGUCUCUGAGGGAGCAGUUACAGGAACAACUCAAGAGGGAAGCUGAGACUCUUGAGGCUGCGACUAAGCAGUUUGAGGACCUGGAGUUCCAGCAGUUAGAGAAGGAGAGCAGUCUGGAGGAGGAGCGCGAGACCAUUAGCCAGCAGCUGCUGCAGGACAGAACUCAGUACCACAGCAGCGUCACCAAAAGAAAAGAAAAUGUUGCAGCAUUGGAAAGCCAAGCCAAUCAGCUGGGAAUACAGGCUGCUCAGGAGUGUGAGAGGCUGGCCAAAGACAGAAGUAUGACAUUGCAGCUGCUACAGAAGGAAAAGGAAAGGCUGGCCAAUCUGGAGAGAAGAUACCAGAGCUUAACUGGUGGAAAGACGUUCCCCAAAAGCUCCAACACUAUAAAGGAGGUGUACCGCUCUCGACUGGACAGUGAUACCAGCCAAUCGUCAAUUUCGAGACCGAAAAUCAGCGCCGGUCUGUCCCCCACAUACACUACAGCUACACUGGGACGCAACACUCCUGCCAGGAGUCCUCUGAUGGUAGUCAACAGCACCGGGAGUCUCCCACGCAACCUGGCAGCCACCCUGCAGGACAUUGAGACCAAGAGGCAGCUGGCUCUCCAGCAGAAAGAAUUCUUGCCCUCCGUCUUUGAGUCGUCCUCCAGUACGGACAGUCCCACAGGCCAGCAGGUGAUUGAGGAGCAGCGGAGGCGUCUGGCCGAGCUGAAGCAGAAAGCUGCAGUAGAGGCUCAUUGCCAGUGGGAGGCGCUCCAUGGCUCUCAAACGCAGCUCAACAGUCCCUUUUCCUCCACCUCUGGGCCAGUCAUGCACCACUCCAUCCUGCACCACACAGCGCCCUCUUCUAGGGAACAGCCUUAUGACACCCUCAGCCUGGAGAGCUCGGACAGCAUGGACACAAGCAUCUCCACUGGAAACAACUCGGCCUGCUCUCCUGACAACAUGUCCAGGUUCGACAUUUCCACAUGCUUUCCUCAAUCACUUUCUCUGAGCGCUUAG